AUCCCUUUCCAAACAAACUUCAAACUCUUCCCAAUUUGUCAAGCCCAAACCCAUAAAAAAAAAAUGACAUCGUCAUUCUUAUUCUCACUUUCAACCAUUCCCACCACCCUUUCACCACAACUCAAUUCCCAACCACCGUCCCUCCGCCGUGCCAACAAUCUUUUCCGGCCACCAUUGAUUCACACUUUCCGAUCAAACCCAUUAAAAUCUUUAUCACUACCAAUGGACACAACAACAAGGGUCCAAUCAAGUGUCAAUUCUAACCUAACCCUUAUUCAACAAGCAAUCCAAUUGGCCCAAUCGUCACCGCCCACGUGGCAAUCUGCAAUCUUUUGUAAUAUAUUGAUUUUCUUAGUGGGGUCUCCUAUUCUUGUAACUGGGCUGAAUCUUGCUGGCAUUGGUGCUGCUUUUUUGCUUGGUACGCUGACGUGGCGUGGGUUUGGCCCAUCUGGGUUUCUUCUUGUUGCUGUUUAUUUUGUUAUUGGUACAGCAGUAACCAAAGUAAAAAUGGCUCAAAAAGAAGCUCAAGGAGUUGCAGAGAAAAGAAAAGGUAGAAGAGGACCUGGGAGUGUCAUCGGUUCAAGUGCUGCAGGUUGUGUUUGUGCAUUGCUUACAAUAUACGGAGUUGGUGGCAAAACGUUUAGUAGGCUUUGGGAGCUCGGUUUUGUUGCUAGUUUUUGUACCAAAUUGAGUGACACUGUGUCUAGUGAGAUAGGAAAGGCGUAUGGUAAAACAACAUACUUGGUAACAACACUUAAGGUUGUGCCAAGGGGUACAGAAGGAGCCGUUAGUGUUGAGGGGACUGUUGCUGGGAUUCUAGCUUCUGUUCUUCUUGCAUAUGUUGGUUGCCUGCUCGGCGAGAUCAAGGUUGCUGAAGCGUUCAUAUGUGUGUUGGCAUCACAAAUUGCAAAUGUUGGUGAGAGUGUGAUAGGGGCCGUGCUUCAAGACAAAGAAGGAUUUAAAUGGCUUAACAAUGACGCAGUCAAUGUGAUCAAUAUAUCUCUAGGCAGCAUACUCGCCAUCUUGAUACAGCAAUUUGUACUCCAAAACUGGGUUGCGUAAAUCCCAGAGUUCAUUUGCAAACUUAUUGGAUACAAUGGGUCAAUUACUCAUUCAGUGUUUACUAUGAAGAUGAUUAUAGGUUAUCGUCCUUUUCUGGAUACUAUUUUCUCCAAUAGACAAGAAACGCAGAUUGGGUCCUUUGUGUUUGUUGUAUAGACGGCUAGUCCUAGUGUUAGUUACAGAUUUGAGAUUCUUUCCUUCUUGGCUGUACAUCAGUAAUAUGUUCAGAUACAGACAACACACUGUAGCAUGAACACUGCUCAUUUAAUUAAUACCACCAGAUUAAUUGAA